AUUGUGUGGUGAGGGAGGGAGGGAAGUGUAAGCCAGUCACAGCAUCUCUCCUCACUGCACCAGGGCUGAGGGACUCUUCGUCCCCUCACUUCCCUCGCUGCAGAUUUAACUCAUUUCCAUCAGCGCAGUCAUCUUUUUUUUCCCCCUUGCAUUUUACUUGCUGUUUUGGACAGAUGCGUUGCAUUCAUCUCUUUCUGUAUGCCAGGAUCUAAGGAUUUAUUUAUUAAAAACGUGGGCUGUUCUCUUUGUCGGAUGUAAAAGGGGAGAUUUGCAAAGGACAGUGCAUAAAACUGGGACUCCGAAUGGGACUUGGUCUUUUCUUUACGCUGCUAGAGUGGAUUCCCCUUUUGUUGCGCUGCCUGUGUUUUGUUCAGGGCGACAGACAUGCUAAGAGAGGAGUUAAAGGCGAGGCUAUAAGACCCCAUACCUCUACAACUAAACAGAACGCUUACUUGAAAGGACUAAGGAAGUUAGAAAAUCUAUGGUUGCAUUAAGCACUUGAGAAGAAGGUACUAAGCCCUGCCAAGCACUGAUGGGGCUUCAGAAUGUCACAUCGAAAAUUCAAGUAACAAGUUUAUGGGAUAAAUAAGUGGAUUGCUGAUUGAUCCCCAAACCCCUCUCUGCAAGUGUGCCACGGGAUUGCUGAGGAGUGAAAUUGAGUGGAGCGCUGAGUUAUUCAGCUGGCCUCUCAUUGCUUCUGGAGAGUCCUUCUAACAUGCCUGCAUGGAAAUCUGAUGUUCAACGCUUUCAUCAGCAACUGGACUUUUAUGUUUGCUUGUCUUCUGCAACUUGCAGUCCAGAACUCUGAGAGGCAAGAUUGCACAUUUGGAUUUUAACUUUAGAUUACUUUGUUGGCAGAACUCAUCCAAAUGAUUUUGAUGCACGUGGUUUUUACCUCAUUCUCUCUAGGGAUGCGUUGUAAACACAUUUUCCCCCACCGCCAUGUGUGCUGAGAGAGCUGUGACAUUAUCUCCUGCGGAGAUCCCCAUGUUGUUCUAGCCUGUGUCUGUGUUUUGAUUCAGACAAUAGCUGGGCGUACAGGGGCUCCAGACACUGACCAGAGGACCACCAAAAUAAGGGAAGCCUGCCUUUACACAGUAAACACACUAGCACCCAUGGCAAAAUGAAACUUUGGAUUGUAUAGAAUGGUUGAUUCACAGAGAUGUAUGCAAUUAUUCAUCAGGAGAAACUCCUUGUAAGAAGUUUUUGAAAAAAAAAUCAUUCAACACAAUGACUGCUUACAGUGAAUUUUCAAGAAGUAACCACGCUCAGUACAUUUAAUCUCUUCUGUAGGUGUGAAAUAGGAGGCUUUAUGCUGCUUUCUUAGUCAUUCUCCUCUGAGGAUCUGUAAAGUGAGGGGAGCAUUGUAUUUUGCUUCAUGCUUUAACCCCAUGUGGUUUCCUCCCUCACAUCUUCUGUGCUCUCUGCCCUUGUGAGGACAGCUUAUGCCCUCAGCCUCCUGGUGGCAACUCUCAUUAGAAUCAGGCAAAGAGGCUACAGACUAGGAGGCAAAGCAGCAGGGAAGCUCUGCUUUGGGAUAGGUGCUGGUCACAGCAUUAAUGCUACCCUGCUUCAGAUCCACUGAAGGAAUACGGCCUUUUUUUCUCUCUACUCCUGACUGUUACCCACCCACUACUUUCACUAACCAUGCGAGAUUGGAAAGGAGAGCUAAACGGGCUGUCCUACCCUCCCAGAGGCGCUAUUGAUUUUCCUCCAGUCAGUGCUCAUUUGAUUGAGACCCAGCUAUGUGAGAGUAAGGUGAACGAGAGCAUGAGUGUGCUAGAGAGAGUAUUGAGCUUGGUGAACUGAGAGAGGCUGCAGACGCCUGGUGAAGAACGGGAGAGAGACAGGCAGUUCUCCGGUUUCAGGCCAGCUGCCUAAUGGGUGGCACACCACAAACCUGACCCACCUGGAUAGCACCCAGAACAAUGAACCAGUCUGAACUGACAACGGACACGUUGCUCACUGCCAACAGCAGCCAUGGAGACUUCUUUUCUAGAAGGGCCUCCAACCACUCCUGUCCCUUGGGCUGGAGGCUAAACGAAGGCCUAGAGGCUUGUGUUCUGGAGACUGCUGUUAUUGUGCUUCUCACAGUGCUCAUUAUUGCAGGGAACCUGACGGUGAUCUUUGUGUUCCACUGUGCCCCUCUGCUACACCACUACACCACAAGCUACUUCAUCCAGACCAUGGCCUACGCUGACCUGCUGGUGGGUCUUAGUUGCCUUGUGCCCACCCUGUCUUUGCUUCACUAUCCAGCAGGUGUCCAGGAGCCAAUCACAUGCCAGGUUUUCAGCUACGUCAUUUCUGUUUUGAAGAGUGUUUCAAUGGCCUGCUUGGCCUGUAUCAGUGUGGACCGCUACCUGGCUAUAACUAAACCACUAUCCUACAACCAGCUGGUAACACCAUGCCGGCUACGAGGCUGCAUCACCCUCAUCUGGGUCUACUCUAGCCUGGUUUUCUUACCCUCCUUCUUUGGAUGGGGUAAACCAGGAUAUCAUGGGGAUAUUUUUGAAUGGUGCGCUCACUCUUGGCCCACCUCUGCCCUCUUUACAGGUUUUGUGGUGUGUUUGCUUUAUGCACCUGCUGCCCUUGUUGUCUGUUUUACCUAUUACCACAUCUUUCGCAUUUGCCAGCAACACAACAGGGAGAUCAGUGAACGGCGGGCACGUUUCCCCAGCCAGGAGAUGGAGACUGGUGAAGGGAAUGGUGGAGGGCAUCACGGAGGGCAUGGACCAGAUCGACGCUAUGCGAUGGUGCUCUUCCGCAUCACUAGUGUUUUCUAUAUGCUUUGGCUGCCCUACAUAAUCUACUUUCUGCUCGAAAGCUCCCAUGUGCUGGAUAGUCCUGCCCUCUCCUUCAUCACCACCUGGCUGGCCAUCAGCAAUAGUUUCUGCAACUGUGUCAUCUACAGCCUGUCUAACAGUGUGUUUCGCCUGGGCAUGCGCAGGCUCUCGCAGACUAUUUGCUCUUUCAGCCAUUGUGCUGCAGAUGACCGCGACUUUGGGGAGCCUAAACCAAGAAAAAGAGCAAACUCGUGUUCCAUCUGAAGGAAGGACUUUUACAGGGUGAGGAUACUCCUGGAAUCUAUGAAUGGGAAAUGUGAAUCUUAAUCAGCAUAGCAGCUAGUUUAUUUGCAGUUAAAUUGGCAAGGCUUAACCAAAUGGAAAACGGUUUCUGUCGUAUCAGCUGACACCAGUGACAUUGGCUUGGACAUAAUAAACUGUUUAUUGCAUUGCAAGCUUUUCAAGGAGAUGGAUGCAGUGUCUAAACAGAGAUUUAAUGAAAGAUGGACCCUGUGUGAUGGCGUUUAUUCUACAGUACCAUAGAGGCUUUCUUUGCCUUUACAUCUCACUGUAUGUCAUCAGCCAGGUCAGACCAAGUGGGACUAAAAAACUGUAAAUUCCAAAAGAUUUCCGAAGACAUACUAUGUUACCACACUGUUUCAUGUCUCUUAAAUUUUACUUGUAGUGGUGAAUUGGAUGAAUCUUUUACUAGAUGUAUCAGUUAUUUCUGUAACUGUCAUUAGCAGAUACAGUAUAGUCCAAUAUACACUUAUUUGUGCUCACAAGCCUGUUAAAGGGUUGUAAAUGGACAUUAAGACUUUUUAUCCAUAUAAACAUACGCACAGUGACAAUGACAGCAGUUAUGCUGAUAAAAACAAAUAAAAAACGCUAUAUGGCCUUGACUGUUUCCAGGAGGAAAAUCAGGAGUCAUUUUCUGCUCCUCUUCUCUUAUAGGAGGAAGAUGCAUAGUCAUGAUGUCAGGUGUUCUGCCUCGUUUUUUGAUUGACUACAGAUCUGACAUCUGGUUGAAAUUUAAAUGGGGUUGUUUGUGCAGAUGUUCUGCUAAACACGGUUCUAAUGUUAUUCUGCACAGCAAUCUUAUAAAGUAAACCUAAUAUAAAGCUGUGUAGACAAUUAUACAGAACAUACUCCUACAUCACAGUAGUGAAUUAAGGACUUUGUGAAGUUAUAUGGAGUAUUGGAACAUUAAAAUGGAGUUAAAAUUCUUAAAACGAGUCAAGUUUUUUGCUUGUCUCAACAUAGUCCUUAAUCUACAAUAUACACAGUCAUAUUUCCACAAUUACCACAUGGUUUGCUGUAGUAGUGUGACCUGAAAGAGAUAAUGUACUGCUCCCAUUGCUCACCAAUUUAAAUAACAGCCAGAUAUUGUUGGCCACCAACCUAUUGGUGAAAAACACCAUUUUUCCAAAUUAAGAUGGAGGAUUGGUUUGACUUAGCCUGGUUAGAUUGACUGGGGCCUCGAUAUUGAGGACAGUGAACUGAUGCUCUCAGCAGAUAAUUACCCAGCACAGUAUUUUCCCCUAAGGUCCAGUUUUACACCUAUAAAAUAGCCCAUCAGCACCAGGAUUCCCUCCACCGGCAUGAUAUCCCUGAUGUGGCUGUGUUAUCAAUAUUCUCCUCACAGUUUAUUGUAUGACUAUUCAUGAUAGUUAUUUCUUGCCAGCUAAUAAAUAUUCAAUCUUUGUUUUAUAGUAUAUGGAGGGAUAUGAUUACUUGAUUAUGAACACAAAACUAAACUGGCUAAACGCAAUGCUAUCUUCUAAUUCUGAAUUUCAAAUUUUGAUCUAUAAUACAUAAGAGAAUUUCAUUUGUACCAUUUUACCUCCAAAACAGAAUUUUCCACAUAAACUGAUUUGAGAGGAUUUUGUUAUUUUUAGAUGCAACUCUACUGGAUGUUGCUUUCAACCCACUCACAGAUAUAAACAGAUAUGAAAAAUGAUAGCAGUGUCUAUCUACAACGUAGACCUAAAGACGUCACCACGGUUUUUUUUUGGUGUUUUGGGUGGCACAGUUAUCUGUGUUAAAGAUAAUAGUGGAUUUUAUUUCCCAGCAGGAGUGUGCAGGGGCUCAGAUUAAUGUGAUCUGAUCUGUCUGGAGGUUGCUCUGAGGUUAGAAUUUAACAGAUCUGAAAUUACAUGCUGAGUUGUGCAAACAUUUAAGGCCAUCAGUAGCUUUUCUUGUCUUGCCUUUUUGAACUGCUGUUCAGAUAAUAGUCUGUACCGUACUUUUAAUUUCACUGCUCUACUUGCAGCUCUACCAAUUCUGUAAACAGUAAACUUGAAAAAUUGCUGCCCUCAAACUGCGGGCUAAAAUCCUCUGGACUUCUAGAAGGUGUUUCCUGAGCUCUUCUCGUGACAUUUGAGCCAGGCAAGAGAUAACUAUGUUGGGGAGGGCAAAGUAUAUGUUUUUUAAAAAGAGAUUUUAGUGGGUUGUUUGUGGGGGUUUUAUUUGAGAUGGGUAAUUAUUUUUUUUUCUGCUCAAAUAUUAUGGUUCUUGUGUUGUUUUACUGUGCCCUCCCAGCUUGGCGACUGUUCCCCAAUCUUGGGCAUUUGCUCUGUAAGUGGAAAUGAUGUGUGUUGUUAAAGCAAUCUACAGACUGCCGACUCUCACCCUUUGCUACAGCACAGUUAUUCCAGCCAAUUUACCUUUGGCGGUGUACAUUUCCACAAUCAUUAGGUCGGUGUCAAAGGAUAAUUCAUUUCACAUUAACGCAGCCACAUUCUGUAACCAAUGACUUACACUGAUUUCCCUCUUUGCUCAUGUAGUGGUGUUGGUCAUUUGUGGUUUAGGCCCUGCUUGUGAUGUAAAUGUAUAUCUGUCCAUGCAAGAAACCAAGUGACACAGCAAACCCAGUCCCUUGAUAUUGUACCCGUUGUUCCAUUCAAUGCUGCUUAAUAGUACUCUGUGUCAGUUAUUCCUCAUUUUAAAGCUGCAUUAAGUGAUUUUUGACUUCUAGGAACAGGAAGACUCUGAGGUUUUGCUCACUAUAUUCUUGUGAAAUGCUGGCAAGCAGGUUGCUGUUUACAUAUCCAGCAGAACCAGAAUGACAUGAGCAUUGUAGUAGAGUCUUUCUGGCCACCUCAUGAAUGUAAGUGCAAUAUUGUUUUUAAGCAACGGUUUCAUAAACCAACAUUGCCAAAAAAGAAAAAAUGGAUCUCCUUUGGUUUAUCUACAUGCUCUUCUUUACCAACCACUUGAUUCACCAGCUCUCUGUAGUUUUGCAUGAGGCAGGCAGCCUAUAGUCAAUUUGAAAUAUUAAUGUGCUGGGAGUGGCUGUCCAUUGUUCAUACUGUAGGAGCCAGUGUUUUUGUUGUUGCAAAUUAAUGACACAAAAGUGAAAGUUGCAACAGCAGCAGAGGAAAGCUGCAGAAAUAUGUUUUUAUUCUAAGUGGGACCAUCAACAUUGAUCAUCUUGAAACAUAAUCAAGAGUUUGUUGAUUCAGUGUUUGUAUGAGAAAUAUUGCUUUUUGCAGCUUUAAUGCAGUACAGAUUGUUCUGUAUAUGUGCCUAAAGAUAUGUAUUUUGUAGGAAAAGUGGGGGGAAAAAAGAUACUGAGAAGUACGUACAAUUACAUAGACAUGCUGCACUUUCUAAAAGAUUUUGAAACAUUCCCUGUGACACUGUGCACAUCCAAGUGUACCGUGUCAGUGGAUUUAGUUUUCCAUGACUUUGUGAUAAGGUCAGAGGGAUUUCCACUUGAACCAAGAAUGGGUCAAGUCAUUCAUUUAUCACAGUCGAUCUGACUUCUGCCUUCAAGUGGGUAAUAGUUCUAUCUCACAUCAGUAGACUAACAAGAGACAGCAGAUUUGUCUAAGUCUUGUGAAUUCCCUUCUUUAGCCAUACGACUUGGCAUAUACCGUAUGAAGAAUAACAGUAGGGAGCCGUGUGUCAAAUACUAGACCUACAAUAACAUAUAUAUUUUUUGAUUUUGAUAGCCUGUCUUUUUGUACUCCCUUGGAGCGUAGUGUAGUGGGUUCGUAGAUUAAAAAUUAUAGCAUCUGAAUUAGUGCUGUAUAAUCUUCACAAUGUGGUGACAAACAACAACAUAGAAGACAAGACAAAUCCAAAUUCUGUAAUAGCAUAAAAAGUUGAAAUACUCCAUUAUAGUGAAGAUUAUAGUUUUUGGUCUGAAUUUGCACAAUAUUCAUUCCUUGGGUAGGUUGUUUUUAAAAUAUAUAUAACAGGUCAUGUGAAAUGUGUGUCUUGGCACAGGGUUCCAAAAAUCUAAGAGCCACUGAAUGAAUAUUUAAAAAAAAAAACAAAAAAGCAGAAUUGUUUGUAUGUGUCUCUAGUACACUGACCAAACUGAAGUGGUAGAAAAUCAAAGCUGUCAUCUUACUUUCAAGUGCAUUGAUAGGAUCUUUUAGAAAAAAAUAGUUUAAUUGCAGGAUUAUAUGUAUUUAUUAAGUUAUGUUGAAAACUUUACACAAUAUACUGUAUAUGAGUAUACUGUAUAUAAAGUGUGUGUUUCUGUUUUUAAUCUGCUGUACAGCCAAAAAAAACAACAUCUAAUGAAGUCUGACAGAUAUUGUGCACUCAUUUGUGUUAAAUCAACUAGGCUGCUGAUGUUUUGAGUAGGAGGUGAGUGUGUUAAAUUACACAGUAUCUAUUUUUUUAUUUUGAAAUUUUGUCAAAGGCUAUGGUUUUGCUGUUGCUGCCAACCUAAUAAAGGUGAAAAUAGUAGACAUUUA